AGCUCUCAUACUGUCUCAUAUUACUCUAUGAAAGUUCUCGUUUUAAUAAUCUUUUAUGACUGAUAUCUUUGACUAAAUUCAAUGCACGAUGGACAUUAUUACCUGCAUAUUUAUGUCACUAUGUCUACUUCUGGUCGCUGAUGGACUCACUGUUCAUGGCCCCGCUGCUCCUCUGUCUGCUCCUCUGGGAUCUUCAGUGGUUUUGCCCUGUUAUGUUAAUGAAGCUCUGCCAGUGGAGGAUCUAAAGGUGGAAUGGAGACGAGCAGACUCAGAGACUCUGGUUCAUCUGUAUCAAGAUGGUGAGAGUCGAGCAGAGGUCCAGCAGCAGGAUUAUCAUGAUAGAGCUCAUUUCUUUACUGAGAAGAUUCAACAUGGAAACUUCUCCCUCCGUCUGGACAAUCUAACAGCUCAAGAUGAAGGAGAAUACAGGUGUAAGGUUUUCAUUCAGCCGGAUUCUGGAGAAGCUGUGGCUCAGAUAAAAGAUGUUGAGCGUUUGUUAGUGUCAGGAUCAAAUCAUCCUGCUUCUGCAUAUGUUGGUGAGGACGUAACUCUGAACUGCUCUGUAGACUCUCACAUCACACCUGAACACAUUGAAGAGGUUUCAUGGUUGAAAACAGACGAUGAUGGAGAUAUUCUGGUCCUGCUUUACCAAAACAACGAGACUUUACCAGAUUCAUCAGAUGAACAGUUCAGAGGCAGAGUUGAGUUCUUCACUGCUGAAAUCCCCAAAGGAAACUUCUCUCUCAGACUGAAAAGUGUCAGAACUGAGGAUAAAGGAGUUUACAUGUGUCAGGUGUUUGCUGGAGGAGCUUCAGCCAAUGCGACUGUAGAGCUGGAGAGACUGGGUUUCUCUUCUUUGCACAUAGCUGUGCUGGUUUUGUGUGUUGCUGCUGGAUCUGUAGCUGUUCUUCUGCUCUGCUCUCUGAUCUACUGCAGAUUAAAUACAGUCUCCAGCAGAAUCUGGAAUCUUCAGCUUUCUCUGGUCUUUUUACCAAACCUCUGUAUGUUCAUAGCCUUCAUCCUUUGGGGCUUUACUGAAGGAUCUUUGCAUGAGACCAUCACCUGCUCUGCUCUUUAUAUUCUGAGGCCUUUUAUGCUGAUCUGGGCUUUGUCCUAUUUGAAGUAUCUUCAUGCGAGCCUCAUACCAUGGAUCAGCUUUUUCACACCAACAAGAGAAUUUGCUGUUCUCUCACUCGUUGUUUAUUCAGUUCUUUUCUCAUAUGGCUGGAGAAAGAGAGCACAUGAUACGAACAUCGCUCCUCGUGUAUUUUCUGGAUUUUUCUUUGGAGUUGUUGUGCUGAUGUGCCUCAUAUUGAGUACAGGAGUCAUUUUAAGGCUUCCCUGUCGAGAGCAACAAAGAGAAAGAAUCCAGACUUUAGCUCUUCGAUUCAAGAGGAUUCAGGAUUUUCAUUUCUCAUUUGGCACAAUGUCUGUUUUACAAUUUUCCCAGUUGACCAUCUCAUUUGGAUUUGCCUCUCUAGGAUUUAUUUCUGUUGCUGUGGAGUUUAGUUACAUCUAAUGGCUGGUUUGUAUGCCAUUUUUUCUUCUGCUGCCAGCCAAAUGUAAGUUAAUUUCAUUCUUGCAUGGAUAAUUGAGUGUUUUUUUAAUAUUAUAUAACUAGAAAUAUAACCUAUAAUGUUUAAGUGAAAUAUAUUCACAUGAGUAAUAUUUAAAUGGGAGGUUAUAUAUUGUACUAGUGUUUGUAAUGCAUUUUGAGUUGAAAUGAUUAAAAAGUGUGACAAUUAUGAUGAUUGUGUUAUGAAGAGUGCAGGCAUGUGAAAGUCCAUUUAAAAUGAUUGAUUGCAUUUCUUUGAAACUCCUCUUGGGGAGAUAUUUCAGUCAGGGCAAUAUAGAGUCAGUAAAUAUACUGUAUCCACCAUGUUGAGGAUCUCUAAUGCUGAGGUAAGGAUUUAGCCAGAUUUAUUUGUGAUUUUCAGCUUUUGAGAAUAAGUGAUCAAAUCUUGUCGAGGAUCUCUGUCAGUUCCGGUUUGGUACAGAUUAUGCAUCAAUGUUGUGCGACCAAAACUUUUCAAGGCUAGUCUGAGCAGAUCAUCCGCUCUUCCUGAAUAGGGAAUGACAGACGCAUUCAUACAUGCCUUCAUUCAGAUAAAUGAUGGUGCACUUAUAUAUUAAUGAAUGAUAGUAAUUGCUAAGAGUAUUGUGUCAAAAUAGUCAGUUAUUUAAAGUGGUUUUGUUGUAGUUUUAAGAAGGUUCUCCAGCCAAUGAUUUGAAAUGCCAAAGUCACAACAAAGGGUAGAUAAAAAAAGGGAAAAGCAGUCCAAGAUGUGCGUUUAAGACUGCAUUGGACGAUCAAGGCAGGAAAAAAAUAUACAAUUAUAACCUUGGUUAACCUUGGUGUCCAGCCAGGAUUUGUAUCGGUAUCGGUUCGUACCGAUUUGCAAUAUCGGUAUCGUAUCGGAAGUUAAAAUGUUGUAUCGGGACAUCCCUAAACAAAAUGCUCAGUUUUCAGCUUUAAGGGGGAAAAUAAUAAAUAAGCAGAAGCGCAAAUUGAUCACAGUUAAAUCAAAAGCGUGUAUUAAGGGUCAGUUUUAUUUUUUAUGAUGAUGACAGUGAAUCUGCAUCAGAUCUGAGAUCAGUUUUAGUUUGUGACCUGUGAAGUGUAAUGAAUGCUGAUAAUCAUCUUUUCAUUGGCAGGUCUCUGCAGAACAUGGAUUGUAGCUUUGUACAUAAUAACCAUAUCAGUUCUGGAUAUCGUCCUAGUGAUUUAUAUUCAUCUGACUAUAUUUAAAGGGGAGAAAGAGUUUUUGGAGUGGAUCUGUAUCAUUUCAUUUCUUGAAGUUCUGAAGAUGAUCUUAAUUCUUGUGCAAGCAAAAGAACUUCAAGGAAAACAAAGACAACAACGACAGACUGAGACGAGCCAGCAAGAAUCAAAUACAUUGUCUCUCUGUAAUGAGCUCAUGUACAUGUUUGGAGCAGUUGGUGUUGUUUUGUUGAGCUCUGUUUUACUGACAGCAGAACUCUUCCUGAAAACAUUAAACGGAGAGCGUGUCAUUGGGGAUCUGAGAGUCAUCGUCUUCCCUUCUGAAUCUGCUUUUGCCUAUUAUUGGCUGCUGUUACAAAUGCACGCAUACUUUAUGUUUCUUACAACAGGGUAAGUUCAGAUUUUUUCUCGAUGCAGCUCAUGUAUGAUUAUAUACAUAUGGAAUGACUGACAACAGUUUGUUGAAUUAUUGGAAAACUGAGACAAGUAUGGGGUGUGCAUUAGUUGCAAAGAUUUCAACAGAGUCAAUUAUUCCACUUAUACUACGGUUCACACACCUAAUGAAGACACUGUUAAAAGCCACUGUUGAGAUGUAUUUCAGACAUUUGUCAGGUAUUUGUCCUUAAACUGCUCCUGUGUGUACCACUCUCACACGUCUCAUCUAAAGCCUUCUGUUGUGUUUUGAUGUGAUUUCUGACUGUUGUAGCUGUGAAACAACUAAAAUCAUUCAGCGUAGUGAUAUGGAGCUGUAAUACGCUUAAAACCUGCCGGAACUACUUCAGCUGUGAUUAUAUGAAAAUAAUGGCACGCAUUAGAAUGUUCAUCAGCCAAUCAGAAUCAAGCAUUCAACAGCCCUGUAGUAUAAACGCAUAUAACACAUUCAGCUGUUUCUAUUUCAAUGUUCAAUCUGUAGUUGUGUUUUCUAAUACAGAUCAACAGACUGUCAAAGAGACUCCUCUUGAAGACAUCAACAUGAGAGCUUAGCGGAGAACCAUCAAAUGGAGGCACUAUCUGCACCUGAAACUGCGGUUUCAUACUGACUGAAAUAAGACUUAAAUUUUUACAAUUUUUACCCCUUUUCUGAUGGUCCUUUCAGUCUUCUGGUUCUCAAGAGUAGGAACCAACAAAGACUGAAAACUAAAUUGUAAAGCACAGAUUUUGGUAUA